AUGGAGAGAUUUUAUAAUGAGAGCCAAAACCAGGAGCACCGGGGGCACCUGGACCAGCACCAGGUGGUCACGGCGGGAGCGGACAGCCCCGGGCCCGGUGGAGGUCUAAGUCUCCGCGCGCUGACCGGCUGCGUCCUGUGCGUCCUGAUCGUCUCCACCCUGCUGGGCAACACUCUGGUGUGCGCCGCGGUCAUCAAAUUCCGCCACCUGCGCUCCAAAGUCACCAACUCCUUCGUCAUCUCUCUGGCGGUGUCCGACCUGUUCGUGGCCGUGCUGGUGAUGCCCUGGAGGGCGGUGUCCGAGGUCGCCGGUAUCUGGCUCUUCGGGCGCUUCUGCGACACCUGGGUCGCCUUCGACAUCAUGUGCUCCACCGCGUCCAUCCUCAACCUGUGCAUCAUCAGCAUGGACCGCUACUGGGCCAUCUCCAGCCCCUUCAAGUACGAGCGCAAAAUGACGCGCAGGUUCGCCUUCCUAAUGAUCGGUGUCGCGUGGACUCUCUCCAUCCUCAUCUCCUUCAUCCCCGUGCAGCUCAACUGGCACCGCGCGGACGCGGACAACUUGACAGCAGACAACCCGGACGACUGCAACGCCAGCCUGAACCGGACUUACGCCAUCUCCUCGUCCCUCAUCAGCUUCUACAUCCCCGUGGUGAUCAUGGUGGGGACAUACACGCGCAUUUUCCGAAUCGCGCAAACCCAAAUCAGACGGAUCUCGUCUUUGGAGAGAGCGGCAGGGCACCGCGCGCAAAACCAGCGCCACCGCGCGUCAACGCACGACGAAAGCUCUCUGAAAACGUCUUUUAAGAGAGAAACGAAAGUUUUAAAGACUCUGUCCAUCAUCAUGGGAGUGUUUGUGUUCUGCUGGCUGCCGUUUUUCGUCCUGAACUGCGUGGUGCCUUUCUGCGACCUGGACAAACUUGGAGAGCCGCCGUGCGUCAGCGACACCACCUUCAGCAUCUUCGUGUGGUUCGGCUGGGCCAACUCGUCCCUGAACCCGGUCAUUUACGCCUUCAACGCGGACUUCAGGAAGGCCUUCUCCACCAUCCUGGGCUGCAACAAAUACUGCUCCACCUCCGCAGUGGAGGCGGUGGACUUCAGCAACGAGCUGGUGUCUUAUCACCACGACACCACCAUGCAGAAGGAGCCCUGCGCCAUGACGGGCCCCGGCGCGCAGAGACUCAUCCCGCCGCCACCGCCGCCGCACACAGGGGGAGAUCUGGACCAGAACUUUGACAAAGUUUCUAUGAUUUCAGUUGAUUCCCGCAACCACAGUAACUUACUGCUGCCCGCCAUCCUGCAGUAUGAGUGCGAGGCAGAGAUUUCUUUAGACAUGAUUCCCUUUAACUCAUCCGGACCCACCGACUGUUACGUUAUUCCGGGUCAAAUCCAGGACCUGUGA